CUGAAAGUUAUUUUUAUUUCAAAUAUUAAGGAUGCAUUCAAGUGGAUCAGUGAUAAUAUCGAAUCAGUUUACAAGAAUCCUGUUAGUACUUGGAGAAAGUUGCGCAUUGCAGCGGGUAAUCGAAGUGUACCAAUUGAUAUCGCUAAUAAGAGCCUUCGGAUAUUUGUACAAAAUCGUAUGAUACGUGAAACAGACAUGUUGGAGUACUGUAAAUUCGAAGGAAGAAAUGAAAUAACAAUAAACGAGUUAUCAGAAAUACUAAAACGUUUGAUCAAAAUGAAAGUGAGAGAUAUUCUGUUUGAGACUCACGGUUUAGAAGCUUCUUCACCUAUGCUAAGCACUGUAAUAUGA